AUGUUCAAGCAGGGAACACCUUCUCUCUUGAGAUUCUUUCAAAGUGACAAACCUGUAGAAUCUUCAUCCUCAGGCUCCAAGUCAAAUUCUGAACUAAUUGAAGAGGAGCUACCUCUAGAAAGGCUGCUCAAAAAGGAUGGAAAUGACAUGGGCACAUCUGAUUCAGGUCGAGAUGAACCGACAGGUGCGUGGGGUUACAACAUUGAUGAGAUUGACCCCACUGUGGUUAAUGAGUUACCGCCAGAAAUCCAAGAAGAAGUGCGGACUUGGCUAAGGCCUCACAAGCGGGCUGAUUUAGUGAAACGUGGAUCUAAUAUCACCCAUUAUUUCUACCCGCAAAGAAUACAUAAAGAAAAUCCAAAUUCUUGA